GUGAUCAGGAGCGGCAUGGUGGGUGUGACUAUCUGAUGACUAUUGGGAGCUGCGGGUUAUAACCAAAAAUCAUUUAAGGACUUCUGUGAUCUUUGGUUGUAACAUGUGCCAGCCAUGGUUUGGCCGGGUGAAGGCGGCUGCGGGGCGGUUGUUGCUGCUGAGGAGCGGGUUCGGGUCCGGGUUCAGGCGCCACGGAUCCGGGAUGGCCGCCCGCGUGUGGUUGGAGCCCGGCUACAAGUGCCUGAGCGACGAGCCGGUGCGGGUGCGGGUGGGCGGUUUGUCGCCGCUACAACCGGUCACCAUGAGGGCCGGCCUGAGCGACGAGAAGGGCGAGACUUUCGGCUCGGCGGCUUUCUACCGGGCGGACGAACGGGGCGAGCUGGACCUGAACCGCUCGCCAUCCCUGGGCGGCCACUACACCGGCACCGAGCCCAUGGGGCUCUUCUGGUCGCUCACCCCCGUCAAACCUUUCAGUCGGCUGGUGAAGAGGGACGUGGCCGGAUCGCCGCUGCGGGUCCACAUCGAGGUGUUUGACGGGCACGACGGCGACCCCCAGGAGCGGCCCCUGGCCUCCUGUGUCAAUGAGCGGUGGUUCAUGAAGGAAGGGGUGACCAGGAUCCCGGUCAGAGAGGGCAGGGUCCGCGGGGUGCUCUUCGUCCCACCCGGAAGUGGUCCCUUUCCAGGCGUGAUUUGUUUGCACACCAUAAAUGGCGGAGUUGGUGAGAACAAAGCCAGUCUCUUGGCAAACCACGGCUUUAUUACAUUGGCGUUAGCCUACCUUAAUUAUGAAGAUCUGCCAAAAAGUGCGACAAACUUGGAUUUAGAAUAUUUUUCAGAAGCUGUGAAUUUUCUGAAGCAGCAUCCAAAGGUGAAACGUCCUGGCAUUGGAGCAGUGGGAAUAUCAAAAGGUGGAGAUGUGGUUCUCUCGAUGGCUACCUUUCUACCAGAUGUGAGAGCCGCUGUCAUUAUCAAUGGAUGUAAUGCAAGUGCCAUAAUUGGAAUGCAUUUCAAAAACAAAGUGAUUUCUGCAGGGGUGGGUUAUUCCUUAAGCCGAAUGCGGGUCGAGGAUUCAGGCGUUGCUAAUAUCGUAGACAUCAUGAAUGAAGUUAACAAGGAAAGUUUGAUCCCAGUUGAAAAAGCCGAGGGUACCAUCCUGUUUGUGGUUGGAGAUGAGGAUAAGAACUGGAAAAGCACAAACUAUGCUAAUGAAGCCAUAAAAAGGAUGAAAAAACAUGGCAAUGAAAAGUUUGAUCUUCUGACUUACCAAGGAGCUGGGCACUAUUUGGAACCCCCAUAUUUUCCCUUCUGCUAUGCCUCCUACCACUCUGUGGCACGCAUGUAUACAAUGUGGGGCGGCAAUGCCAAAGAUCACGCAUUUGCUCAGGAAGACAUGUGGCCAAAAGUUCAAUCAUUUCUCAAAAAAACCCUGAACAAUUAGAGGCUGAAAGGUAGCAAAUGAAGAAACCACAGUACUGCUGUGCAAUGUUCACACUGCAAUAACAUUCUUAUUGCAAUUUGAAUACUAUGAUGAAUUACAAGGAUUUUGGUGAGAGAGUUCACAUUACUUUCUCAUCAUUCUAAUUGCACUGUUAAAUUCAACAAGAAGCUUUCCUGGGGUAACUUCAAAUAAAAUCAAUGAUUCAUUUGACUCCUUUAACUUAACAUCAUUUUAUGCCAUAAUGGCUGGUGGCUGAACUUUUAGUACCAACUAGAACACCAGCUAUAAAUUAGGUCCCUGUAAAUCUUGCUACCUGGGGGCAAAAUUCAGAUUAUCUAUUUCUAUCUACAUACAAUUAUUUAAUUAUCAUUGUUAAAUUUGAGGUACUGAUAAUUAUAUCUGAAAUGAAAUUCUAUAAUCUCCAAGACAAGUGUGAUUUUUAUCCGUAAGUAUAUGAAGUUCAAAGCAAUGGUUGAUUUUAUUGUUCCUGAUAAUCGCAAGCAGUUAAAUUAUUUUUCUGUGUCAUUGAUACUAAAUAAAUUAACUUU